AUGGUGAUUCACAUGCCACCCGCUCCUAACAAGGACGACCUUGAGGCAACAUGGGCUUUCCUCGAGAGUGGUGUCGACAAGAUCAUGACAAAUCUAAAGGAUGGAGUGGAUAUGCCCUCUUACAUGGGAAUCUACACAGCUGUACACAACUUCUGUACAUCACAAAAAGCCGUAGCUUCGGGAGGAAUCAUAGGCGGCAAUGCACAUCGCGGUGGUAAGUCUGCGCCUCCGCGUAAGAAGAGAAAGCUUUCGGAGCAUAGAUUAACACCUCCAGCAGCGCAUCUCCUCGGCGAAGACCUCUACAAGAACCUCAAAGACUACCUCAAAAGCCACUUGGAAGGCUUGUAUCAACAUUCUCAAGGUCACGUUGACGAAGCCCUUUUGACUUACUACAUUCGAGAAUGGGAUCGAUACACGACUGCCGCAAAAUACAUAAACCAUUUGUUCCGAUACCUGAACCGACAUUGGGUGAAGCGGGAGGUCGAUGAAGGCAAGAAAGAUGUUUACGAUGUCUACACUUUGCAUCUUGUGUCUUGGCGGAUGGUUUUUUUCGACAAGGUCAACAAGAACGUCAUGGAUGCUGUCCUCAAGAUGGUGAAGAAGCAGCGUGAUGGCGAGACAAUAGAGCAGUCCCAGAUCAAGAGUAUUGUCGACUCUUUUGUCUCGCUCGGCUUGGAUGAGACAGACACGACGAAGUCCACGCUUGAUGUCUACCGCUUCCACUUCGAAAAGCCAUUCCUCGAAGCUACGAAGAAGUAUUACGAAGACGAGUCAAAGCAAUUCGUGGCUCAAAAUCCCGUCGUUGAAUACAUGAAGAAGGCAGAAUCCAGAUUGCAGGAAGAGAAGGACCGUGUCGGUCUCUACCUGCACCAAGACAUUAUGAACUCUUUGAUGAAGACUUGCCUCCAAACUCUGGUCACAGGACACUCUGCGCUACUUCGUGACGAAUUCCAGGUACUGCUAGAUACUGAUCGACAGGAUGAUCUUGCACGCAUGUACAAAUUGCUUUCACGGAUCGUUGAUGGCUUGGAGCCACUUCGGACGAAAUUUGAGGCCCACGUUAGGAAGUCCGGCUUAGCUGCGGUGGAGAAAGUAGCUGUCGACGGAGACAACAUGGAACCAAAGACCUACGUCGACGCCCUUUUAGAGGUACAUACACAGUACCAACAGCUCGUCGACAAUGCUUUUAAUGGCGAGUCGGAGUUUGUGCGAUCUCUCGACAACGCGUGCAAGGAAUUCGUCAACCGCAACAAGGUCUGUGUAACCGGUUCAACACGAUCUCCUGAAUUACUAGCAAAAUACACCGAUCAACUUCUCAAGAAGAGCGGCAAGAGUGCCGAAGAGGCAGAUCUGGAGGCAUCAUUGAUCCAAAUCAUGACAGUCUUCAAGUACAUCGAAGACAAGGACGUCUUCCAAAAGUUUUACUCCCGCAUGCUGGCUAAACGACUGGUACAUUCAAGCUCCGCCUCAGAAGAUGCUGAGACUAGCAUGAUCGGCAAGCUCAAGGAAGCUUGUGGUUAUGAGUACACAAACAAGCUGCAGCGUAUGUUUCAGGACAUUCAGAUCUCUGCAGAUUUGAAUAGGACUUUCUCGGACUGGGCCGAGAAGGCGCUCGCUGAGGAUUACAAGAAAAUCGUGGACUCGACUUACCAUGUUCUCGGCACAGGCUUCUGGCCUCUUAGUGCGCCAAACACCAACUUCAUUCCGCCAAGUGAAAUCGUCAAGACAUAUGAACGAUUUCAAUCCUUUUACUUCGACAAGCACAACGGUCGCAAGCUCACAUGGUUGUGGCAAUUAUGUAAAGGAGAGAUCAAGGCGAACUACAUCAAGAAUGCCAAGUUCCCUUACACCUUCAUGGUCUCCACGUAUCAAAUGGCUAUACUACUACUCUUCAACGACGCUGAGACGGUGUCAUACGACGAUAUACAGCGAGCCACUGCUCUUUCACCGGAGUACCUUGAUCCAUCGCUAGGUGUAUUCGUCAAAGCUAAGGUACUGUUACCUUCACCUGAAAACGGCAAACCCGAGUCAGGGACCUCAUACACGCCAAAUGUCAACUUCAAGAGCAAGAAAAUGAAGGUCAAUCUCAACAUCAGUGUCAAGUCCGAAGCGAAGCAAGAAGUCGAGGACACGCACAAGAACAUCGAGGGGGAUAGGAAGUUGUUGAUGCAGUCCGCCAUCGUGCGCAUCAUGAAGUCGAGAAAGAAGCUGAAGCACGUUGUUCUCGUCCAAGAAACGAUCGCCCAGAUCAAACAACGCUUCACACCCAAGAUUCCUGACAUUAAGAAAGCGAUAGACCAGCUGAUUGAGAAUGACUACCUCGAGCGACUAGACGAUGACGAACUAGGCUACCUUGCUUAA